AUGACUUCGCGCUUCGAGUAUAGCAGUUCCCAUAUCCCUAUCAUCAAACCUUGCUGUGAUCCGUUCACUCCUUGCGACUUCACAGAAUAUGAAUUCAUGGCGCGCACCUACAUCCAGAGCAAUGAAGCUCUUCUUCCUUCAAAGCACGUUGCUUGUUUGUCACUCGGUUUCAAGGAUCCACUUGUACGAGACUGGUUCAUGGCCGAUAUGACGCGUCUUUGCUCGUUGACGCUUACGAACUUCCUGUCUGAAUUACGGGCAGCGUUUCUUCCGAGAGACUGGGAUCGGAAGAUGAAGGAUUCCAUCUUGGCGACCUAUCAGGGAGUAGACGAACCCGUCAUCGUAUGGAUAACACGACUUCGUUCUAAGAACACGUUCCUCCGGAAUACG